UUACCCGAAUCAUUUAAACCCAAAAAAACACCAUCUUCUUCAUCUUCUCCCCCCUAAUUUUCUCCUAUCUCCGCCCUGAAUUCCCUUCUCUCCCGGGUCGGUUCGGUUCAGGAUCCGCCACUUUCUCAAAUCGGUGUUCCACCUCAACUGAAAGCAAUUAGUGGGGGAGACUAGACAUUGAAGUGCUGUUUAACAGAAAAAAAACUGAGCAAAAAUGAAUUAUUCAUCUGAUGAGGAUGAUCAACCUAUGGUGUUUAGAAGGAACUUGAAAGUUGAUAAAGUGAAGUGUUCUUCACAGCCUACCAAACCAAGCAAAGAAUCAGAUUGUGAAGACGAUAAACCGCUGAGUACUAAGAUAUCAAAAGUAUCAAAGGGGGACACAAAUCACGUUCAUAAAGGGCUUGUAACGGGUCCAUCUUCACUUCCAAAACCACAAGUAAAAGAUGAAGAUUCUGAUGAUGAGAAACCAUUGUCUUCAAAAUUUCGAAACAAAUUGAAUGUAGGAUCAUCUAUGACUAGAAAUAUUAAUCAACAGAAACUGGGUACAAGUGCAUCUCCAUCUCCAAGGCUACGAGUAGAUGGUGAAGAUUCUGAUGACAACAAACCAUUGACUUCAAUGUAUACUAACAAAUCCAGUGUGGGAUCCCCACUUACAAAAAAAGUAUAUCAAAAUGGUUCUGCAUCAAGGGACAAUCAAUCUAGGGAUCUUGUGUUGAAUAAGAGACCAGCUGAUGAUAAGCGAUCUUCUGUACAAUCUUCUGCUAAAAAGUCAAAGCUUUCGGAUUCUUCAACUUCAGCCAAUCGCAAAACAGUACCUUUGAAAGCUGAAAUCAAGUCUGAUGAUGAUGAAGAUGAUGAAGAAGAUGAUGAUAGUGAUGACGACAGUGAAGAUGAUGAUUAUGAAGAUGAGGAUGAGGUUCCAAUAUCACAAAAAAUAAAGAAGCCAGCCCCGUCUAGUAGUAAAUCGUCAUGUGUACAACAGAAAGCGGUGAAAAAGAAUUCUUCAUCUGUAAAACAAACCAACAGAAGUUCAAAGAAGGAUGUGAAAACUUCAAAGUAUUCCAAGCCAUCCAAAGUCCUGCCUGGCUCCGGGGAAGGACAGAAAUGGACAAGUUUGGUCCAUUGCGGUGUAAUUUUUCCACCUGCAUACAAGCCUCAUGGGGUUAAGAUGCUCUACAAAGGGAAGCCCGUUGCUUUGACUCCAGAGCAGGAGGAGGUUGCAACAAUGUUUGCGGUGAUGAUAGAUACAGAGUAUAUGAACAAACCUAAGUUCAAAGAAAAUUUCUGGGAUGAUUGGUCAAAAAUUUUGGGAAGAAAUCACACAAUCCAGAACUUGGAUGAUUGUGAUUUUAAACCAAUUUAUGAGUGGCACCAGGCUGAAAAAGAGAAGAAGAAGCAAAUGAGUAACGAAGAGAAGAAAGCAUUGAAAGAAGAGAAGAUGAAGCUAGAGGAGAAGUAUACUUGGGCAAUUGUUGAUGGUGUCAAAGAGAAGGUUGGAAAUUUUCGAGUUGAGCCACCUGGAUUAUUCCGAGGUCGCGGGGAACAUCCAAAGAUGGGGAAGCUGAAAAAACGUAUCCAUCCAAGUGACAUUACCAUAAACAUUGGAAAGGAUGCUCCAAUCCCAGAAUGUCCAAUUCCUGGUGAAAGAUGGAAAGAAAUUAGACACGAUAAUACUGUCACUUGGUUAGCAUAUUGGGUUGAUCCAAUUAAUUCAAAGGAAUUCAAGUAUGUAUUCCUAGCUGCUAGCAGUUCCUUGAAAGGUCAAAGUGAUAAGGAAAAAUAUGAAAAGGCGAGGAUGUUGAAGGGCUACAUACAAGGCAUUAGAAAUGCCUAUACUAAAGAUUUUGGAAGCAAGGAUGUGACCAAGAGGCAAGUAGCAGUUGCUACAUAUCUCAUUGAUAAACUAGCACUCAGGGCAGGAAAUGAGAAGGAUGACGAUGAAGCUGAUACAGUAGGUUGCUGCACUCUAAAAGUGGAAAAUGUCGAGCCAAGCCCUCCAAAUAUCUUAAAGUUUGAUUUUCUUGGUAAAGAUUCUAUAAGAUACCAAAAUGAGGUUGAGGUAGAGCUCCCUGUGUUCAAGGCUAUCCAACAGUUCCGAACAGGGAAAAAUGGCAGUGAUGAUCUUUUCGACAAGCUUGAUACAAAUAAGCUGAAUGCUCAUCUGAAGGAACUCAUGCCUGGCCUUACAGCCAAAGUUUUCCGUACAUAUAACGCAUCCUUCACAUUAGAUGAUAUGCUGAGUAGGGAAACCAAAGGUAGAGAUGUUGCAGAAAAUGUAGUUGUUUAUCAACACGCAAACAAGGAGGUUGCGAUCAUAUGUAAUCAUCAACGUACUGUUUCAAAGUCUCACGGAGCUCAAAUAACAAAGUUGAAUGAGAAGAUAGAUGAAUUGAAGGGUAUUAUAAAAGAACUGGAAACUGAUUUGGCUCGUGUGAAGAAAGGGAAACCUCCAUUACAGAGCUCUGAUGGAAAAGCAAAGAGAAACUUGAACCCUGAAGCGUUAGAGAGAAAGAUAGCUCAAGCUAAUGCAAAAAUUGAGAAAAUGGAACGUAACAAAGAGACGAAGGAAGAUUUGAAAACCGUAGCAUUGGGCACUUCAAAAAUUAAUUACCUUGACCCUAGGAUAACGGUGGCAUGGUGUAAACGUCACGAAGUUCCCAUCGAGAAGAUAUUUACGAAGUCCCUACUAGCGAAGUUUGCUUGGUCGAUGGAUGUGGAUCCUAGUUUCAGAUUCUAAUUGUGAUAGUAUUAGCUAAGAGGUGGUUGCAGCAUCCCCAUCUUUCAAAAUUGACAACCAUUGGUCGGAAAAAUGUUCCUUGACCUUCCUGGCAUCUUUUAUCUCCUCAUAUAGCAACUAUUAUUGCUGACAUAUCGUGUUUAUAUGAAAUCUGAUCAAGUGAAUCAAUGAUAAAUUGCUUUCACUUGUGAUUAACUGAAUUUUUUCUAAUCUAACAUUUUGAACCA